AUGACUGCCAAUGACGUCACAGUGAACUUGGCGACCAGUUCGGAAAGUCACACGAUGUUGAUUUCCUCGAUAAGUUGUACCAGUAGCGGCUGUGCAUCUCCGAGUAAGAAGUGGCCGCUCAGGUGUGACUCCUGGCCAUCUAAGAUGGUUCCGCCGGUCGCAAGUCUGCUGCUGCUGGUCCUGACGACUUCUUGCUCUCCCCCAGCCGCGGAGGCGUGCCCGCAUGACUGCGACUGUGCCGCGGGUUCAGACCGGGGCACGGCGGUGGUAUGCCGGGGUCCUGCCGUCACAGCAGUUCCCAGUAACAUCCCCAACGGCACAGUCACACUGGAGUUCCACCAGACGGCCAUCCCCAGCUUGACGGCCGGCGGGAUGCCAACGGCGGCGCUGAGCAACCUCACCUUGAUAAAGUUCCAAGAAGACACUUCAUUAGCCCAGAUCGAGCCGGGAGCCUUCGACGGCCUCACCAAUCUGCAGUACAUUGAGUUCCGGAGAGUCAGCAGUCUUCAUAACCUGAGGAACUUUACAGGAACCAUUCCUUCACUGAAGAAGCUGUCUCUCGUCAACUGCGGACUGACAUCCAUUCCAGACUUCAGUCGUUUGAUGUCUGCCGAGCUAACCGUGGAAAUCGAUCUGGAGUUUAAUCAGAUCACAUCGGUCCCGACCAGAGCCUUCAGCAGCUUACCCGAGAACGUCCACACCGUAGAGCUAGAGUUUAACCAGAUCCGAAGUGUGGCAUCCCGAGCGUUCUCCGGCAGUAACAUCUACAACCUAUACCUGCAGUACAACAGCCAGUUGACGUCUCUCGCUGAUGACGCCUUUGAGGGAAUCAGGCAGCUGACUCGCCUCGACUUGUCUGGCACGAGUAUCACCAGGCUGCCCACGCGAGGGCUGCAGUCACUGACGGUCCUGACGGUCAAGGACACGCCAACUCUCAAGGACUUUCCCGCCAUCACCAACUUCUUCCUGCUGCAGGAGGCAACUCUGACGUACGCAGCGCACUGCUGCGCCUUCAAGUACCAGAGAGCAGAGUUGCAGUUCGGCACUCAGGCGGGUACCCCGGCGGCUUGUGUCACCACAGCCACGCCGGCACCGCACCAGGGAAGCGGCGGUGUGCUUACCGGGAGGAAACGGAGACGUGUAGGCGAGGCGUCUCGGAGCGCCGACCCGUUUAACCAGCUCUCGACCCCCGUCCCAUACUCAGGUGGUGGCGGGUCGUCACUAAGCGGAGGGGGAGAACGUGUGACUUCCCAGGGAACUACACUUGCCGAGAGGACCCGAACAAUAAGAGACACUGGCAGUGGCUUAGGAGGGACAACCAGUCGACGACCAAGUACAGAGCCUGUACAUACUCCACAGACUGACGGGGGAGGGUGGCCAGGAGGGGGUGGGUGGCCUGGUGAGGGGGGUUGGCCUGGUGGGGGUGUGGUGUGGCCGGGUGAGGGGGGUUGGCUGUCACCCAUACCCCCUGUAGACCAAAACGUGACUGGAAUCAGCUGUGGGGAAGUGGUAGAUCUGCAGGAGGACUUCACGUGCCGACCCGAACCCGACGACUUCAACCCGUGCGAGGACAUCACCGGCUACGUCUGGCUGCGCGUCAUCAUCUGGUUCGUGUCUCUCCCGGCUGUCUUCGGAAACCUGCUGGUCGUGCUGGUGCUGCUGCUCACCAAGACCAAGAUGAACGUCGCCAAGUUCCUCAUUUGUAACCUAGCCUUUGCGGACUUCUGCCUGGGGUUCUACCUGCUGAUGCUAGCGGCUGCAGACAUUUACAGCUCACACAGCUACUACACGUGGGCCAUCGUGUGGCAGACCGGCGGGGGGUGCCAGGUGGCCGGGUUCCUGACCAUGUUCGGCAGCGUCCUGUCAAUCUUCACGCUCACCUUCAUCACGGUGGAGCGCUGGUACGCCAUUACCUACGCUAUCCACCUGGACAAGAGAGUCACCAUGCGCUUGGCAACUAGGGUGAUGGUGUUGGGAUGGAUCGCUGCCAUCGUUAUGGGAUUGCUGCCUCUGGUGGGAGUCAGCAGCUACUCCUGGACCAGCAUCUGCCUGCCGAUGGACACGACCGACCCCCACGACUUGGGCUACGUCGCCACGACCAUGAUCAUCAGUGUGCUGGCCUUCGGUCUUAUCUGUGGCUGUUACAUCGGGAUGUACCUCGCUGUGCGACACACGGAUGGGGCCUACGGGAUAGAGGCCAAAAAGAACGACGCUAAGGUGGCCAAACGGAUGGCUAUUCUGGUCUUUACAGACUUCGCCUGUUGGUUCCCCAUAGCACUAUUUGGUAUCACCGCUGCCUUCGGGCAUCCUCUCAUCGAUGUCACGAAUUCCAAGAUCCUGCUGGUCAUCUUCUACCCGAUCAACUCGUGCGCUAACCCGUUCCUGUACGCCAUCUUCACGAAAACGUUCCAUCGAGACUGUGUCACGACUCUGGCGCGGUUCGGGUUCUGUCAGGCGAAGGCCAUGCAGUAUCGCGGCACCGUGUACUCCAACACUGCGUCUGUUGCAGGCCGCCACAGUCAGAGCACCAUGAGUUCAGUGCACAAGGUCUCCACAAAGUGUAACCAUUCUCACGCGUCCUUAAAGACCCAGUGCGCGAGCUGCUCCACUCCAAAGUCAACACGGACCAUGACCAAAACGUCCAUACCCAUGACGUCGCUAUUCAAAAGUCCCAACAGUAAGAAAACCCAGGCUGUAGAAAUUAACCACACCGCCAUAGUAAAUGGCACCCCAAAAAACGCUAAUCCAGAUGGCAAGCAGACAAAAGACGAGAACGACAAGGACAAAGCUGCCAUCAGGAAAAAACUGAGCAUUGUAAAUGAAGCGUCCGAAGGGACGUCAGUAGCCGAAGACUCGACUGUAGGUAAAGAGGCAAAAGAAGAGCCCAUAGUGCUGUCGGAAGAAUCUCGAAAAAAGACAGACUCUUCCGACACACUGUCGGAGGGGUGUAGCAGUAGUAGCAGUUCUAGUAGUAGAGAAAGUAUUUCAGAAAAACCUCCCCCUAUCCGUGUGGACGGUGACGACACCAUAACAAUAUCUCUCCCCAAAACAUGGAUAUGAUAUGAUAACGGGUAUUGGGGCCUUCCGUCCAAGUUAAUUACUACACAACACCAAGAACAGUAAAAACUUGUAGACUUGCAUUAGGGAGCGAGGUCGUUUAAAAGUUUGAAGUUUUGAGGUGCCAGUGUACAUGUGUACAGGUACGUUUUACACGAACUUUCCUUUAUCGUGUAAUUCAAAGAAAGAGUUUCUUUAUUUGAAGUGCCAUUCCAACUUCAAAGUAACCUGUAUUUGUGGAAAGACAUGAUUAAAAUAAUUUCAGGCAUAUCUGAGCGAUUUGGGGACUACAAACGAUCAAAAACGUGCGAUAGGACAUUUUAAUGUCCUAAAUCUCAUUACCAAGUUGGAACUGAGAGAAACUCCAUAAACAUUGGAUAGCCAGGUCUUCACCUCGAGGGGUGAUACAAGGAAUAUUAUCGAGACGGUGUGCAGACAACUACUAAUAAGUGCAAGACAAUUCGAGCGUCUUCACUGGUAGAGAGAGUAGAAAUAACGAACAGAAAUAACACGUCUUGUUUAUCAGACCUUUGGUCAUUACAAUGAUUAGUCAUUAUGCUACAGUGGAGCCUUGUGAAUCCAUCCAAACAUCCCUAGGGAGAGAUCUACAGCUGUUUACCACAGAUAAAAGGUAUAAGACAAUUAAUAUUGACAUCAGGUCCUGGUGUUAUCAGCAGUUACAACCAUCAAUAUCGCUAAUGAUGACUUGAGGUUUUGUGAAAUCAUCUGAACAUCUCCAUGUGUGAUAAUCAAAGACUUGCCAGUGUAAUCAAAGUGCAUACUAAUAUAACUCAAGUUGUUUUUCAGACACUGCCUUAGCCUUUAAGUGGACAGACCUGUCAAAUUGAAUCUAUGAAAUCAUUAGUACCUGUAAAUAAACAGCUUAAAUUCGCAUUUGCAAAGAUGAAACUUUCCCGCUGUGUUGAAAAACAAGACUGCUGCCCCAGGGUUUACGCUAGGUCGUGUUCUUGUGCAGAACACGAUUAUCUGGCUAUUCAGCAAUGCAGGAUAUGACAAAUGGCAGGAACUGGGAGAUAACAUAUCUUGAUGAACAAACUCAAUCAUGCCUACAUUGUUACGUUCGAAAAGCACGUUGCCAUCCAGCCACAAAGUAUAUACUGUGUAAAAAGUACGUAGUUUCAACAUUGUCAAUAACGCAUAAACCAGAAGCAUUGAGAGACCUUAUAUUCUACAGGUGCGUAUAAACCUGUACCGUACGAGAGUAUUGUAUGUUAGAAUGGAUGAAAAACAACAGGCGGAUGAUCUCGAUGCUUAAGUUCAGAACGCGAUUUCACUUACUAUUAUUGGGCAUCACUGCUAUAUACAACGAACUCGAUAUAUCUAGAUUACAUUAAGACGGAGGUUAACAACCUGUAAACAUGGAAGUUGUGUGUCUUCUUAAUGGCAAAGAUUCCUGCUAUCUACUAGUAUUACUGGAGCACUAAGGAGUCGUAAGAGACACAAUCCAAACCUAAACGACCGUUUUGCUUACAAUAAGACGACGCGUAAGUGCCAAAGAUGGAUGAACUUGAUUGUCUCUUGCAAUGGACCAUUACAUUGGGUACCAAAAAGAAGAUAAGACAAUAUCCAAGUCCAAUGAAUGCGCUGGUCUUAGGAGCCAAACGAGAUUAAAGCUACCGGGCUUUCUGUCAGGAUCUGUCCGGUCUCAUCACAGACGGACAGGGAGGGUGACUAAGGAGGGUUUGUCAUUUUACAUAGGAUGGUCUCCCCGGUGGAGAACGACGAGCAAUGUACUAAGGCAGUGCCCAGAUGGGAAAAGGUGUACAUAAUGAUACCACUUUUGUAAAGUUCAUAGUGCAUAGACAUAUCACAUUGUUAUUGUAUUAGAUAAGUUAGGUACAUAUAUAUGUAUAUGUUAUGUAUACGCAAUAUAUCUGUGUGGCUCGAUGCCUUAUCACCAGUCAACAUCUGACAUCCGUGUAAUGUAAUGUAUUUGUACUGGAUAUAACCAGCACUGUGUUUACAUCUACAACUGAGGACAACAGAAAGAGACGUGUGCCGUGAUAUUUCUAUAAACCAAGAGAAUUAAUAUCUAUUGUAUAUACACUGUACAUACUGGCUAAGGCGACUUAUCUAUCCCAUACUUCAUGGUAUGGCAACUAUCUUUCCGAGUUGUGGUAAAUACUAAGGGUCAUUUUGUUGAUCACGAUUGCCGGUCCAUGGUGUCUAUAUAUAGUUCAUGGCUGAGUAACGCACUGCAGUGAUAUGUGAAUGUAGGGAGUGUACUUGCAAGCGCCUCGUUAGACUUUGUGACCGCAGACCAGAAUGUUGUCCCGUUCUCCGACUGAUGUAGCUACGUGAGUGACGGAUGAUAUAUCACCAUUACAGAUUAUGAACUGUU